AUGGAUAAACUCGGCAAGCUUCCUUCGGGGAUAAUAGAAACCAUCUUAUGUCUACUACCGAUUCAAGAGGCAGCAAGGACAAGCAUCCUCUCUAAGGAAUGGAGGUACCAUUGGACCAAAAUCCCUAAACUUGUGUUUAUUGAGGAGGAUGCAUUUGAAGUAUCGACUCAUGGGGAUGAGUUGUCUGUUUUGGAGCAAACGUUCGACAGACCAAGUGAGAGGAAAAUGAUGACCAACAAAUGUAAACUUUUCUAUGCUAUAUACCAAGUUCUAUUAGUGCAUGAGGGUCCAAUCAAUGAGUUCACCCUUUGCAUGGAAGUAGAUGGCUCAUGUGUUGAGAUUGACCAUAUAAUUCAUCAUUUGUCAAAGAAAAAAACUGUCAAGAUAUUAAAACUUGACUUUAAUGGGAGCUAUAGGCUACCCUUAUCACUCUUCUCGCUCCAUCAAUUAACAGAAUUGUAUCUCAAUGGUUGUGUUCUUGAUCAUCAACCAUCAUCUAUUGGAUUUGGUAGCCUUACAACCUUAAACAUGCAAGAAAUAUGGACUUAUGAUAAAACGCUUCUGCGUCUUUUAUCGAGUUGUACAUUACUUAAGAGAUUGACUAUCAACAGUGAUGGUGGAACAAUCGAUGAAAUUGGAGAUUUGACCAUGGCUGAUCUCUUCGAGUGUUUACGGGGCAUUGAAUAUCUGACUAUUUGGUGUUUCAUCUUUUUGGUAAUUAUAUCCGCAUGA